UCUUUCUUCUUUGGAGGGAAAACGAAAAGACUUUCAAAUCUUCACAAAAAAAAAAAAAUCAAAAAAGUUUGUAAUUAAUUAAAACUAUUUUCGGUUCUUCUACUUCCUUUAAAUUACUGAAUAUAAAUAUUGGGUUUUUGUUUUCUCUCUCUUAAAUUAAUUUUUUGUUCUGGGUUUAUUAAAGAAGCUGAAAUCGAGUUCAGCUAACAUCCGAGGUUGGUUUCUGACUGAAGUGUGGUAAAUAAUAAGGUCCAAAGCAUUUUAACUUUGGCAAUGCAGACCAAGAAGAGAGUUUCUUCUAAAAGUUCGGCUCGAGAGCCUAACAACACAAGAACACUGAGAUCUCAGAAGAAGGUAUCUGAUAAUGUUCGAGUUGUUGAGAAGAAAGGUGCAGAUUUUAUCACCUCAUCUGCUAGAAAAUCAAACUAUGGUAGGUCUGUAGCUAAAGAAAAUUUAGAUUCCGCUACUGUAAGCUUGACCUCAACAUACAACUUAAUGCAAGAUGAUGCCUGCAAUGUAUCUUUGGUUUCAGAUGUAGUUAGUAAUGGUUCUACAGACCUCAAGGAAUGGAAUGAGGAGAGUGCUCAUUGUGAUUCGGGUAUUAUCUUUUCACCAUCAUUUCACUUAUCAAAAAGUGCCGGGGAGGAUAUUUCGGAAACAGACACAAAAGAGGCCUGCAUGUCUUCAGAAGUCUCAGCGAUUUACCUUGCUAUGAAGAAUUCAAAACUGGAAUGCUUGGACGAGUUUGGACAAGAUUCUGUGGAGGAGGACGAGGAAUAUUAUGAGGAAUUCGAUGAUUUUGAUCCGUACUUCUUUAUAAAAAAUUUACCCGAAUUGUCAACAGUUGUUCCAACAUUUCGCCAGAUGCUGCUACCUAAACAAACCCGUAGAUGCCCCCCAAACACUCUCGUCUUGGACCUUGAUGAGACAUUAGUCCAUUCCAGUCUUGAACCUUGUGGUGAUGCAGACUUCACAUUUACUGUCAACUUCAAUGAGAGGGACCAUACUGUAUAUGUCCGAUGUCGUCCCUACCUUCAAGAUUUUAUGGAAAGGGUUGCCGGUCUUUUUGAGAUAAUUAUUUUUACCGCCAGCCAAAGUAUUUAUGCUGAACAGCUUCUCAAUGUGUUGGAUCCAAAGAGGAGGGUGUUUCGUCAUCGUGUAUUUCGUGAAUCAUGUGUUUAUGUGGAGGGAAACUACUUAAAAGAUUUAUCUGUUCUUGGUCGUGAUUUAUCACGUGUUAUAAUAAUCGACAAUUCCCCGCAGGCAUUUGGGUUUCAAGUCGACAACGGAAUUCCCGUUGAGAGUUGGUUUGAUGACCGUUCAGAUCAAGAACUACUGCACUUAAUUCCAUUUCUCGAGAGCUUGGCUAGGGUGGAAGAUGUUCGGCCAUUGAUUGCCCAAAAAUUCAAUCUGAGACAUAAAGUAGCUGCAGCUGUUUAUCCAUCUUCAAACUCAAAUAGAGGGGAUCCAUUCGAAAGGGAAUAUUAUAGAUCUUUCUCCCCUUUUCUUUCCACAAUACAAAAAUAUAAUAAUCAUAAUACCCCCAAACCAUCAAUUUUAAGAUUCCUCAAUCCAUCCUUACAUCAUUUGCUUCAAGAAACUUCUGGUCAUUUCGAUAUUGCCAAGAUGGAAAAGAGUGAUGAAAUGAAGAACAAUAAGCAACAAGAAUUGAAACAUCUGGGUUUUGUGAGAGCUGCUGCAAUCAACACAAUCGUGUGGUUGACAAAUCUUUAUGAUUAUGCUAAGAUUAAUUCUGGACCGUUGAGAUCAGCUGUUGGUACUGUUGAAGGUGCUGUUACUACUGUGGUCACUCCUGUAUACAAUAAAUUCAAGGAUGUUCCUGAUCAUCUCCUUGCUUUUCUUGAUGAAAAGGUUGAUGUAGCUAGUGCCAAAUUUGAUGAGCAUGCACCUCCAUUGGCUAAGCAGGUGGUAACCCAAGUCCACUUUGUGAUCGAUCAAACAACCCAACUAGCCAAAGAGGUGGUUCACCAAGCCCAAGUUGGCGGCCCUCUAGCAGCAGCCCAAUAUGCUGCCAAUGAAUCGAAGGAGUUGGUUCUUUAUCAAUCAGUGAAAAUCUGGUCAAAACUUGACAAGUUCCCACCCAUUCACAUGGUAGCCGAGAUGACAGUUCCAACAGCUGCACAUUGGUCUGAAAAAUACAACAAAACGAUCUCAGAAUUAAGAGGGAAAGGGUACGAUGUAUUUAGCUAUGUUCCAUUGAUACCAAUUGAUGAGAUCUCCAAGGCUUUUAAGCAGUCCAACGGUGGAAAUGAAGGUGAAGUUGAUCCCUCAGCUCGUGAAGUGGCCGCAUCACAAUGAGAUCUAUGUAGUCUAAUUUUCUAUGUUCCUCAUUUGGUUUUAGCUUGCUAGAAUUAUGUACUGCUAGUUGUGGAACUCUUACGUGAGCAAACGUUGGAAGCCUUGGAAAUAUUGUGUACAUGACGAUUAGACAUGCAUCGGUAAACUGAAUCAUGCAUUUCUUCUGCAAAAAUUUUUCUAUGCAUAUAGAUUCACGUAAGAAAAUACCUUAUCUGGGCACCA